UGUCAUUGUGGACGGUUGAAUCACGUGACGUUGAUGGCGACGGCUCAGUAUGGCCGACGCUUUUUUAACCGUUUACAGUUACUGUGGGAAAUGAAGAUUGCUGCAGAGAAGCAGUGUUCUGUUUAUACCUUGUGAAAUCAUGAUAAUCAUUUUAAAAACUCAUAGUCUCAGUCUGGAAGAAAACAAAAACAACAAAAAACCCUACAAUUUUAUAUAACGUUGUUAAUGUGGAAAUACUUCCCGGUGUGAGUCAGGAAAGAAUGACAAUCAAUAGGCUACUCAGGAUCAGCGGGUGGAAGAAUGAUAGUAUCUACAAGGUGCGAUAACCAGAAAAUACACGACGAAUACACGGUUAAGAAACGUGCGAACGUGACUGAAUUCUUCAUUCUGCGAGGAUACGGAUAACGUUAUUAAUAUCUGGAAAUAUAUACGUGUUUAACAAUAAACAUCAUUUUGGAUACGAUAUUCAAUUGACGAUUGUCAUUUGGAUUGUGUUUUAACGGUAAACAGUGUUGAAAAUACUAUCUGUUGAACCACCGAUUGAUACUAUUCGAUACUAUUCGAUUGAUCUAUUCGGAUUUGGAUUGUGUUUUAACGGUAAACACUAACUCUUGAAAAUAAUAUCUGUUGAACCACCCGCCAUGUUGGAUAAGAUAUUUAAGUGCUGUGUUCUGCUAUGGAUUACUGGUAUGGCUUUAAGCUCAGUAGGGAUAUCUGAAAAAUGUCAAAUCUACAAAACGUUUACUAACUGCACAGGCAGAAAUUUAACUCGUAUACCAUCUUAUCUUCCUCCUAAUAUCACUGUCCUUCAGUUUAACGAUAACAAUCUUGGAAACCUUACCAACCAAACGUUUGUGAACAUAUCGUACCCAAGAUGUAGACUCAUUCGCCUCAAUAUCGAACAAAACCAUAUAAAUUAUAUAGCUAAGGAUACAUUCCAAAAUCUAAUAUUUCUGAGAACAUUAAUUCUGGACAUAAAUCGAGUUGCUAAGUCCAGUUUGACAGCAGCGUUUGAAUCGCUGAAUCAUCCAGCGUUGUACCGCCUCAGUCUAAAUAACAUGUCUCUUCGGUACAUUUCAGAAGACUUUUUUCACAACCUCAAUGGAUCGGGUAUUUCUGCCAUAUCUAUGAGGGUUAAUGAUCUUCGUACAUUCAAUGUGUCUGUGUUACGUCCGCUUCCGAAUCUGAGGAGCGUGGACAUCAGCAGAAAUUUUAUUUAUGACAUAAGGCUGUGCUCAAAUACUGGAAUCAAAACUUUAAACUUGGACUUUAACAGACUGUCGUUAAUCCAUGGUGAUGACUGUAAUAUGCCGACAAUAAAGAAACUUCGUUUGAUGCACAAUGACAUUAUGUACAUAUAUAAAGGGUUCUUCAGGUGUUUCCCAAACGUUGAACGUGUUUAUUUGUCCCUCAAUCCAAUCAUAAAAAUAUAUGACCACGCAUUUUUUUCUUUACCAAACUUAAAAGUACUAAAAUUGGAAAACAUAUGUGGCUUAAGUCAAAUUGGAGAACAUGCAUUCAGCAACGGUAACCUGACAACUAUAUCCUUGAAAAAUAACAACAUUCAGUUUGAUAGUGCUUUCUAUUCUCCAGAUAUGUUUAAUGGAUGCACAAACCUACAGCGCUUGGAUCUAAGUGGAAACAUUAUGAUAAAGACAGGUCAUGAAUAUUUUAAUUCUUUGUUUGAACCAAUCAAACAUACUGUUACAAACCUUAGUUUAAGUGACAAUAUACUACGAACCUUUCCGAAGGCAGUGACAUUAUUCACAAACCUCACAAAUUUGCAUUUUGCAUCCAAUGAACUGACUAGUUUGGACCGCGAUGAUUUUCCUCCCACAUUAGGUUUUAUUAACCUGUACGACAACGACAUAACAUCCGUGAAUGAAUAUUCGCUGCCAGAAAAUUUGGAGGACAUUGUUGUAGAUUUGGGAUACAACCCGUUUGAGUGCACGUGUGAGCUCCUGUGGUUUCUAGAGGUAUUCACAAACGAGAGAUUUAACAAUACUUUUAAGAAAUCUGGAGAGAAGUAUAUAUGUGCUAGUCCGUCAUUUCAACGGGGGAAAAACUUAACUGAUUUUGCAAAAACAAUCGGAUGGCAAUCGUGUCUCUUGGCAUCCACGACGUCCCUUAUUAUCAUGUUCGCUUCCAGUUUCUUAGUUAUUCUCAUCAUUGUGGGGUCAGCCCUCUAUUACUAUAGAUGGCAUUUCAGAUAUUUUCUUUUUCUGUUGCGUAGACACCGUCUGGGUCAGCGGCCGGGUGCAACUGCAGAGUUUAAGUAUGAUGCGUUUUUGUGUUAUUCUGGUAAAGAUCUGAAGUGGGUCCUUGAACAAGCUAUUCCAGAACUUGAGGAACAGGCGAACAUCAAGCUGUGUUUAAACCAGAGAGACUAUGAACUAGGCGGACUGCGUGCAGACAAUAUAGUGCGCUGUGUGAAUGACAGUAGAAGAUUCAUCAUAGUUCUGUCUGACAAUUUCGCCUCCAGCGGCUGGUGUCUGUUUGAGCUGGCCGUCAUUCAGAGACAACUGCGGUCGGAGGGCGAGGGAUUCCUGGUCAUUGCCAAACUGGGCGCCAUCGACCAGCGUCACAUGACCGACUCGCUGUUCCAUCUUAUUACAACACGGGAGUGUAUUGAAUAUUCUGAGGAGCCAAGAGCACGGGAACUCUUUUGGACACAAGUUGUGCAGUCUUUGAGAGAAGAGACCAGUGCAGGAGGGUCAGUUCCUCACCCAGUCACCAGUGCAAGAGGGUCAGUUCCUCACCCAGUUGCAAAUGACGAAUCUUCAGAAGAAACGUUUGUGCAGCAGAUACAAGUUUGAAAACAGUGACUAACGGUUUCUCCCAAAAUGGCAAUAGUGUUUACUGGCCCCGUGCUUAUAAAACUUUUCAGACUCGAGACUCGAGACUCUAAUAGAGUCUGAUAUUCAAAAAGUUUUAUAAGCACGGGGCCUGGUCACGGAGAUCAGAUGUAUUGAGAAUAGACGGCACUUGUGCGGAUAGUUGUAAUCAGACCGAUAUUGCAGUUUGACUUAAAAUAGGUUGUUCGCAUUGGUCAUGCUAUCAGAUUUAUGACCGGCACAUUUUGGGUUCGAAUCACGGAAUAAAUGUACUGCUUAAUGCUCUCUCUCUCUCUCUCUCUCUCUCUCUCUCUCUCUCUCUCUCUCUCUCUCUCUCUCUCUCUCUCUCUCUCUCUGUGUGUGUGUGUUCGUGUGUGUGUGUGU